CGCGUUUUCUCCGAAUCUUGUUUGGAGCACGUGAGUUUUUCCUGAAAAAUCUCGGAAAGGGUUAGCAUGACAGUAUUUGCUCAAAAUAAUGAAGAUCCUUACUCGAAUUUGUCUUAAUUAUUGUAGUUUUUUAAAUAGUUUUGGGAGAAAUAGAGUUUUUCGGACUCGAUUAAAGUUGACGGGCGAACAUAACCUCAAAUAUUUGCAAACAAAUUUAUUCGGUUAUCGUUCUUUUACUUCUGAGGCGACAGAUUUUCCGGAAAAAUCGGUAAAAAAACUUUUGGAACAUGCAACUAAGGUUUAUGAGGGACGGGAAAAGGACAGAUGUGAAAUUAUGGAAGUUCUCGAAAAUCAAGAAGUGGAAGUUCUUAUGCAGGAGAGGCUGAAAAUAGUGGAGAAUAUCCGGACUUUGGAAGAAUUGAUAAAAAUCGACAAGGACAUGAAACUCCUCGCCGAGGAAGAGUUCACAUCCUACAGCACAAGUCUGAGAGACCUCGACAUUCGUCUCCUCAACGCAAUUUCCUCCAAUCUUGGUCGAGAAUAUUGUGAGAACAUCAUUCUCGAAAUAAGCGCUGGAGUCGGUGGCCAGGAGGCGAUGCUUUUUGCAAACGACCUCCUGGAAAUGUAUUCCAGUCACCUCAUUUACCUCGGUUACACGUUCACCUUAAUGGAGAAGGACAUGACAGCCCAGGGUGGAAUUCGUCACGCCAGUCUGACAAUUUCCGGACGAGGUUCCUACGAAAAACUCCGUCACGAGGCUGGAGUUCAUCGGGUUCAAAGGGUGCCAGCAACUGAAAGUUCGGGUCGAAUACACACGAGCGUCGUCUCCGUCGUGAUUCUUCCCCAACCGAGUGAAAUCGAAGUUUCCCUCGAGGACAAGGACAUCAGAAUUGAGACGAAAAAAUCCUCGGGAGCUGGAGGACAGCACGUGAAUACCACCGAUUCUGCAGUGAGAAUUCUCCAUAUUCCAACCGGAAUUGCCGUCGAGUGUCAGACCGAGAGGUCUCAGAUUAAAAAUAAGGCCCUGGCUUUCAUUAAAUUGAGAACGAGGAUUUACGAGAAGAAGAUGAAUGAGCAGACGUCGACGACUAAGAGAAUGAGGAGGUCGCAGAUGGGAUUUAAAAGUAGAAACGAGAGAAUUAGGACCUAUAAUUUUCUUCAGGAUAGGGUCACGGAUCAUAGACUUCCGGAUGGGACGAUGCACGAGCUGAAUAGAUUUAUGCAAGGAGGACCGAGACUUGAUGAAAUGCAUGAGAAGCUUCAAGAAACUUUUCAGAGGAAGGUCCUAAUCGAGACUCUGGAGGAUGUUGAGAAGGGACAGUGAAUUUCGGAUAUUCUGAAUAUUGUAUUGGGAAUGGUUAAACUGC